GCUGAAUGGCAUUGCCAAGGGGAAGGCCAUGCUGUAUUCAACACCCACUGUGUGCAGAGCUGUUAUGAGAGGAGAGUGCAGUAUAUAGGGCAGUGUUACAAGUAGUUUAGGGUGGCUGGAAUUCACUUGAUUUCCUGCUUCAAGGUAUCCUGCUCAUCAGAGUGGUGAAUCUGUAUGGGUGACUGACAAGGACUCAUUGGCAAGAUACAGCAGGAUUCCUACCAAAUUCCCAGCUGCAGAAUCAAUUAGAUCUCUGUGUUCCACUGCAAUUUACCUGUGUACCAGUGAACUUUGCCAGUGUGCCCCCCUGGCACCUCAGCAUUCUCUGUGCAACUGUAUUGUUCCAUGAUACCACGAGCUGAGUGUUCAGCUAACAUACUCUAGCUAACAUACUCUAGCUGUGCAUCCUUCUACAGCCUCUCUCCUACCUACACCCAGUGCAAUGUGGGCUCAGUCGCUCUCUGUGAUACUGCAUCUCUGACCUGUCAUCUGACAGGGGAAGUUAAUCCCAGCCUCAGUAGCCACAUGACAGUUAAUGCUGGACCAGAUCACUCUUAAAAGCAGGAUGCUGGCUUUGCAGAACCCAGAGCUAAGUAGCCUCUGAGAAAGUGAAUCUAAGAGGGACUGGAGACAGAAGAACCUGCCACUUAAUCAUUGCACAUCUUUGCAGCUCACCACUCCUCUUUCUGUUCUGAUGGCUUCCAGAUUUCAAAGAGAAGGCAUUUGUUUUUACCUGCUCACCCUGCUGGGUGCUUGGGCAGCAUCUACUCAGGGACUGACAAAGAAAAGUCAAUGUCCAUCCUGUGGCGUGCAAGACAAGGAGGUAAUGAUGGAGCUGGCCAAGCAGCAGAUUCUACAGAAACUCCACCUCAAGGAAAGACCCAAUAUCACACACCCAGUCCCCCGAGGGGCUGUAGCCAAUGCUCUCAGAAGGCUGCACCUCAACAAGCCCAGAAUGGAAGGGCUAUUUGGAUCUAUCAACUGGGACAGUAAUACUGAAAAUACUGAAACAGACCAGCAGAGCUAUGAGAUCAUCAGCUUUGCAGAAACAGAAUAUAGCAAUGAAAUCAGUACCACACUGAACUUCCAGUUUACAAGAGACAGGGAGCAAAGUACACAUGUUCUUCAAGCCCAUCUGUGGCUUUUCUUCAAGGCAAACAGGACAAGUCAGCAAAAUGAAACUAUUAGAUUAUACCUGGUCCAAGAAGCUAAUUCUCGGCGUAUAUUAAUCAGUGAAAAAUUAAUUGAACCAAGAUGGACUGGGUGGCAAACUUUCUCUUUAAAGUCAACUCUCCAGGCUUUCUUUGAUGGAGGAAAUAAGAGCUUACAAUUGGAAUUGAACUGUGAAGGAUGUCAAGAUGCACCAGUUUUAAUUAAUCUCAAUGAUUCCCAUCAGCCUUUUCUGGUAGCACAAGCCAAAGUACAUGAACAAAGCCACCAUGCGACAAAGAGAAGUCUUAAUUGUGAUCAGAACUCCAAUCUGUGCUGUAGGAAGGACUAUUAUGUAGACUUCAAGGAUAUUGGGUGGAAUGAUUGGAUUAUAAAACCAGAGGGAUAUCAGAUAAAUUAUUGCAUGGGUCUUUGCCCAAUGCAUAUCGCUGGAGCCCCAGGAAUGGCAGCCUCAUUCCACACCACAGUCUUCAAUCUCAUUAAGGCCAACAAUAUCCAGAAUGCAGUGAACUCUUGCUGUGUCCCUACCAAAAGGCGUCCUUUGUCCAUGCUUUAUUUUGAUAGAAAUAACAAUAUUCUCAAGACUGACAUUGCCGAUAUGAUUGUAGAAGCCUGUGGAUGUAGCUAGGGGGCUACAUCAGUUUUGGACAUUUAAGUUAAAAAAGAGAGAAGCUGGCUUCUCUCUUCAUUAUUUGAUCAAGAUGCUUUAGGUUGGAGAAGAUAACACUUAAAAAAGUGUAUCCAAAAUCACUUACCGAAUUUAUGGGAAUCAGUUCAUGGCUUUUUAACAAUAACAAGAACACCCUAUCUAAACUGAUCUAGUUAGCUGAAUAUUACAUCUGUAGCACAAAACUGUUCCGCAAUGUCAGCAGCCAUUUUGUGCGAUAGACUGGGGUUGUGUUGCUUAUUCUUUUAGCAAUACAUCGGUUAAUUUAAUGCACAUUCUAUAGCUCCUUUACCAAAGAUUAUGCAACAAAAUCUUGCAUUUACAGUAGAGACGGUUCCUACAAGUUAGAUGCACCAUGUUACAAUUUAAAGUGCCAAUCUGAAAGUCUGGAUGGGAUGAGAAUGACAAAUACCUCUUUCCCAUAGCAUAGUUCACUUCUCAGAACAUUUUGAGAUGCUGAUUGACAAUGUUAUAAUCCUCCCAGGCAAAGAGCACCUUCUGGUGGUGAAUACCAUCACCUGUUUAAUGUUUUAUAUUUUCUAUGUUAUUUGUAUAUUGUUAUUUUAUUACUUUAUCACUGUUUAAUAAAAUGAUGCCUGAAACAAAAAGGAAAAA